ACAUCCACUGUGUAUUAUUAAUACUGUUCCCCAGGACGCUGGACUAGAUCACUAGCCCCCUGAUUUUUAAAAUCAAAAUUAGAUACCGAUUCCUCAUAGUUUCAAAAAAUGAAGAUCAUGGUUGCAAUCAAAAGAGUGGUUGAUUAUGCUGUAAAGAUUAGGGUGAAAUCAGACAAGACAGGUGUAGAAACCAACAACGUUAAGAUGUCAAUGAACCCUUUUUGUGAGAUUGCUUUAGAAGAAGCCCUUAAGAUCAAAGAAUCUGGUUUUGCCUCUGAGGUUGUUAGUGUUAGUAUGGGUCCCACCCAGUGUGUUGAUACUCUUAGGACAAGCCUUGCUAUGGGUGCUGAUAGGGCCAUUCAUGUUGAUACUAAAGAGAUGCUUUAUCCACUUUCUGUUGCUAAGCUUUUGAAAGCUUUGGUUGAUGUUGAGAAACCUGGGAUUUUGAUUCUUGGCAAGCAGGCAAUUGAUGAUGACUGCAAUCAAACGGGUCAAAUGGUAGCAGGGCUUCUGAACUGGCCGCAAGGGACCUUUGCUUCUAAGGUUGUGCUAGACAAGGAGAAAAAUGUUGCAACAGUAGACAGAGAGGUGGAUGGUGGAAUCGAGACUCUGUCACUAGACUUGCCAGUAGUACUCACUACUGAUUUGAGGCUGAACCAACCGAGGUAUGCAACACUCCCUAACAUAAUGAAAGCAAAAUCCAAGGUCAUAAAGAAAUUUACACCACAGGAUCUGAAUGUCGAAAUAAGGUCCGACUUGGAGGUUGUUGAAGUUACAGAACCACCAAAGAGAAAAGCAGGGGUUCUCGUUUCUUCUGUGGACGAACUAAUUGACAAGCUAAAAAACGAGGCUCGUGUCAUCUAAUUACUCCAAGUUUGGAGAAUUGUCAUCUACAGCAGAAGUACAGAACAACAUAAUCUAAUCUCCAGCCUUCCUACUUGGGUGGGAAUUUCAACAAUCAACAUUUGAUUUCAGAGGGAAUGUAUUUCUUGUGCUGAAUAUCGAGUGAAAUGUUAUGAACUACAUACAUAUAAGAAUUUCUUCAUUGCAUCAACAUUCUACCAUGGAAUGCAUAUAAGAACAUUCCCCAGUAAACAAAUAAAUACUGCCAUCUGAAAUUGAAUUUUAUAUUAAUAAAGAUUGCAUGUUUGCAUUAA